UAGCGGUAUUACGGUAGUCUCCAUCAGCUGAUAUGACAUAAAGCUCCUCCACAAUAAAGCGCAUCAGUUCCUCAUGUAAACUUCACCGGAAUGACUUCCACCCAGGACAUAACGUUUACCCCGGGAAUUCUGCCCCGGGAGCUCGCGCAGAACCCACUGCAUAAGAUCUGGAUGCCGUGUCAGAACGGACUUCCGGAAACGCUCAUUGCUCAGAGAAGAGUUUGCAUGACAAACUGUCCUACCCUGAUAGUGACUGUGGGGUUGCCAGCUAGAGGAAAAACCUACAUUUCUAAAAAACUCACCCGAUACCUUAACUGGACUGGUGUUCCAACUAAAGAGUUUAAUGUUGGACAGUACCGGAGGGACUGUAUAAAGAUCUACAAGAACUUUGAGUUUUUCCGUUCUGAUAAUGAAGAGGGACUAAAGAUCAGGAAACAGUGUGCUCUGGCGGCUCUGAAUGAUGUGAGACAGUUCCUCAGUGUAGACGGAGGACAUGUGGCUGUGUUUGAUGGCACAAACACGACGAGAGAGAGGAGGAAAAUCAUCCUGAGAUUCGCUGAACAAAAUGGCUACAAGGUGUUUUUUGUUGAGUCGGUGUGUGAUGAUCCCGAGGUUAUUGCUCACAACAUUUUACAGGUAAAGUUAAAUAGUCCUGAUUAUAUUGACUGUAACACUGAGGAGGCUGUUCAGGACUUUAUGAACAGGAUAGAAUGUUAUAAGAAGUGGUACGAGCCGCUGGAUGAGAUGAUUGACAGAGACUUGUCCUACAUUAAGGUGAUGGAUGUGGGGUUGCGAUAUUUAGUAAACCGUGUAAUGGAUCACAUUCAGAGUCGUAUCGUUUAUUACCUGAUGAAUAUUCACAUCUCUCCACGCUCCAUCUACCUCUGUCGCCAUGGUGAGAGCGACCUCAACAUCCGGGGACGUAUCGGGGGAGACUCUGGCCUGUCCCCCCACGGCAAGCGGUUUGCUGUGUGUUUGGGGAAAUUCAUUCAGGAGCAGAAGAUAAAAGAUCUGAAAGUUUGGACAAGUGAAAUGAAGAGAACCAUCCAGACCGCAGAGGCACUCAGUGUCCCGUACGAGCAGUGGAAAGCUCUUAAUGAAAUUGACGCUGGUGUGUGUGAGGAGAUGAUGUAUGAGGAGAUUCAGGAACAUUAUCCUCUGGAAUUUGCUCUGCGGGAUCGGGAUAAGUUCCGAUAUCGCUACCCUAAAGGAGAGUCCUAUGAGGAUCUAGUACAGCGUCUGGAGCCUGUGAUUAUGGAGUUGGAGAGGCAGGAGAAUGUUCUGGUGAUCUGUCAUCAGGCGGUCAUGCGCUGCCUCCUCGCCUACUUCCUGGACAAAUGUGCAGAUGAGUUGCCGUAUCUGAAAUGUCCCUUACACACAGUGCUGAAACUCACACCUAUGGCAUACGAACGUGGACGUGUCUCGUCUGGCCGAGAAGGCACUGCUCACCGUCCCUGCGCACCAAUGAACACACACACACACACACACACACACACACACACACACACACACACACACACACACACACACACAGAUACACACACACACACACACCAUCACACACUCCUGUUUAUUUGCUCCAUAAUAGUAAUCCUCCAUUAUUCUUCCAUCAGCACUGUGAAAGUUGACACUUUUUGUCAUAAUAAUAAUAAUAAUAAUAAUAAUAAUAAUAAUAAUAAUAAUAAUAACAAUAAUAAUAAUAAUAAUAAUAAUAAUAAUAAUGUGUUGACUGGAAUCCAGUCUUGUAGACCGAUCUGUGUGUGUGUUUUACAGUGAGAUUUACACACACAUGCUGAUCUUUUGCAGCUGAAACUCCAUCAUUUACUUCAUCACUUCUACAUUUUCAUUAAAGUUUACAGUUUUUCAAAAUGUUAAAACACUUUUUGUUGAACAUGUAAAUAAUGUUUACUGUAAAGUGACGCUGUGCCACAAACACCUCAGUAUGUGAGCUCUUCUAUUUAACUGCAGUCUGUGAGCUUUAACCUAAAACCUGCACUGGUUUAUUCAGGCACUGUAAAAAUGAAUCAGAUUAGAUUAAAAUAGAUUAGAUUGAGGACUGGAUUGGAGUGAGGAGUUAAUUUUCUGGAUUAAAAAUGUGGACUAAAAAGAAAUUUCAGUGUGUGUGUGUGUGUGUGUGGUGUGUGUGUGGUGUGUGUGUAGUGAGAGUGUGUAGUGAGAGUGUGUAGUGAGUGUGUGUAGUGUGGUGUAGUCAGAGGUGAGAAGUAACAGAGU